AUAUCGGGUACCUACUACAUUAACGUUUUUAACAGUCAUACUUGCAAACAAAACUAUCACAAAUUCUUAAGUAAAUCUUGAGUAGAAGUACUCUCUAUUAUUUAGCACUUAUUCUUAAAGACUAGAGAAUAAAUACCCACAACAAUUUGAAUUUUUCUAAAUGGCAACCAAUCCGUAUGUUAAAUCUCUAAUCUGGUUAGUUUGCGCAGGCGGUGGUGGCUACGGACUAUUGCGACUUACCGCGCCGUCAGAAGAGAAACUGGAGCGGAUAAGAGCGACCGGUGGCCCAGCACAUUUAACCGAAGAGGAACGUAAAAAGCUACUGUUUAUGCAACGUAUGCGUGACGCUGCUACCGGACAGGCACCACCAAUUUACUUGCAGAAAAAAGAAAAGUAAUCCACAAUCAUCAGUAAUUUGAAAGUGUUUCCCCCAAAGUAUUGAAAGCCGGUCUGAAAAAUUCGACAAAUAACAUGAACGCUGAUCUACAAAGCAGCAACACCACAUUGAGUGGCGGUGACCAUGCCGACAUCAAGAAGGAGACCAUAUUGGAACGCCUAAACAAGCG